AUGAGUAUUAACAGAAUAAAUAAAAUUUUAUUCUCUUCAAAAAUUGAGCUCAUGUCUAUACAAAAAAUGGAGUUUUAUGCAAGCACGUCUAACGCAGUUGUAAAAGACUUCUGCACCUUCUUUUUGCCCGUUUUAAAAUACAACAAUUUCAAUGUUGAAUAUAUGUUCCAUCAAAUAGAUGGAAAAGAGGAGAAGGUGAUCUUGUGGCCAAGGAAUAAAGACACACACAUUAUCAACUUGGGGUUAUACAAAUAUAGUCAACAGUUAUAUGACAGAAUAAUAUUUCUAGACAGGAAAUUUUCAGAGUACCAUCGUUAA